GAGAGAGAGAGAGAGAGCUCCUCUUCCUCUUCGAUAUACAAAUCCGAUGAGAAGGAGGCUGCCAGUGUCCAAUGCCCACGAGAUGGAGAAGUCCAAUGGCAAGCCACAGAGCUCACGCAUCUGCUUCCUUGCAGCCCUUUCCGCAAUGUUUUGGUUCUUGAUCUUCUACUUCCAUUUCACAGUUCUCAACGCUGACCCUCCUGCGUAUCAGAGCAAAGUUCCUGUUUCCUUUGAUCCCAUCCCAUCCAACAUCCAACAUUUGGACAAAAACCAAAACCAAAACCAAAAUCAAAACAAAAACAAGCCACUUCCAGCUUUCCACUCAUUGACAUCCACUCCCCCCUUGAAACAAUUGGUUACCCGCCAUGAACCUAAGGAUUAUCCGUUCUUCCGCGCACUCAAGACUGCAGAAAACAAGAGUGAUCCAUGUGGUGGGAGGUACAUUUAUGUGCAUGACCUUCCACCACAAUUCAAUGAGAAUAUGCUGAAGGAAUGCAAGUCCCUAAAUUUAUGGACCAACUUCUGCAAGUUCACUACUAACAAUGGCCUUGGUCCGCCCCUUGAGAAUGUUGAUGGUGUCUUCUCUAACACAGGGUGGUAUGCCACCAAUCAGUUUACAGUUGAUGUGAUUUUCAGUAAUAGGAUGAAGCAGUAUGAGUGCUUGACUAAAGAUUCAUCUAUUGCAGCAGCUGUGUUUGUUCCUUUCUAUGCUGGUUUUGACAUUGCGAGGUAUUUGUGGGGUUAUAACAUUUCUGUUAGGGACUCAGCUUCUCUGGCUUUGCAAGAUUGGCUGAUGAAGAGACCUGAGUGGAAUGUGAUGGGUGGGAAAGAUCAUUUCUUGGUAGGAGGGAGGAUAACGUGGGAUUUUAGGAGGUUGACAGAAUUUGAAUCAGAUUGGGGUAACAAGCUCUUGUUUUUGCCUGCUUCUAAGAAUAUGACCAUGCUUGUUGUGGAGUCAAGUCCGUGGAACGCGAAUGACUAUGCCAUCCCAUAUCCCACCUAUUUCCACCCUGAUAAAGAUGCUGAUGUGUUCCUUUGGCAGGACAGGAUGAGAAAAUUAGAGAGGAAGUGGCUAUUCUCAUUUGCUGGGGCACCUAGACCGGAUAAUCCAAAGUCAAUCAGAGGACAGCUGAUAGAACAGUGUAAGAAGUCAAGUGUAUGUAAAUUGUUGGAGUGUGAUUUUGGGGAGAGCAAGUGCCAUUCUCCGAGCAGUAUCAUGCAGAUGUUCCAAAGCAGUCUGUUCUGUUUGCAGCCUCAAGGGGAUUCUUAUACAAGAAGAUCUGCUUUUGAUUCAAUGCUUGCUGGUUGCAUACCGGUGUUCUUCCAUCCUGGUUCAGCUUAUACCCAAUAUACAUGGCAUCUACCAAAGGAUUAUAUGAAAUAUUCAGUGUUUAUUCCUGAGGAUGAUAUUCGCAAAAAGAAUUUAAGCAUAGAAGAAAGAUUGAAGCAAAUUCCUCCGGAAACUGUAAAGGCUAUGAGAGAGGUGGUCAUAAGCCUCAUACCAAGGCUAAUAUAUGCAGACCCUCGAUCGAAGUUGGAGACUCUGAAAGAUGCAUUUGAUGUAUCUGUGCAAGCAAUCAUUGAUAAGGUCACAAAUUUGAGGAAGGACAUAAUUGCUGGUCGUGAAGAUAAAGAUUUUAUUGAAGAGAACAGUUGGAAGUAUGCUCUUUUAGAGGAAGGACAGCGGACAGUUGGUGCUCAUGAAUGGGAUCCUUUCUUUUCAAAACCAAAAGAUGGUCAAAAUGGAGAGUCUGGAAGCUCAUCUGCUGCAGCUGCAAAGAACUCUUGGAAAAAUGAACAGAGGGAUCACUCUUGAGGGACAUAGGUAUGAUCUGCUGCCAUCCCAACUUUGAUAUGAAGCUAUAUCAAAACGAGCGCAUCAAAGACAAUAUUAGUUAUGGUGGAACAUGAUAUUUACCCUAAACAUCCUGAACUUAGUUGUUGAAUCUGUCCAAGUUUAUGUACACAGCAAUUUUUGGAGCUAGAAACCCACAUAGUAAUCUUUCUUUAUUUCAUAUAUAUACUUUUUUUAUAAUACAGGCCUUACUGUCCAUCGCUGCAUACUGUCAGUGAAUAUUUCUUUUUUUUUUUAUCCUUUUUUGUCCUUUUCCCAAGAUGGACGCAUUGUCGUCAUCAUCUUCUCUUUGUUAUAGUGAAAUAUUUAUUCUUUUUGCUUAUUGGUUGUUUCA